CUUCGAAGACUUUCUCCCCACUCUCUUAGCCUUGCUCAAAUAAUAUCCAUUGCCUUAUUCCAAAAAGACAACACUGACGAUGCCGUUUGACUCCGCCGACGCGCAAAUGCGACCGUCGACGACGAUGAGAGUCCAGCACAGUCUGGGUCACCCGCCGCCGCAGCAGACAGAGCCACUUCACUGCCCCCGUUGCGAUUCCGACAACACCAAGUUCUGCUACUACAACAAUUACAACCUCGCCCAGCCACGCCACUUCUGCAAGUCCUGCCGCCGCUACUGGACCCACGGUGGCACCCUCCGAAAUGUCCCCGUCGGCGGGGGCUCCCGCAAGAACACCAAGCGUUCUCGCCCGUCCUGCUCUUCCUCCUCGGGCUCGCCCUCCUCGUCUUCACUGACACAGGAGGUCAGCUCCGUCGCGCCCACAAAAGCCAUUUCCGUGCCGGUGGAACCGAAGCCAGAGACGGCGUUGGAUCACGAAAAACUGAUGGACUUGAACGAGAGCGCUGUCGGGAACGGCGGCUUCACUUCUCUGUUGAGUGCUCAGGGCCCACCUGCACCUGGGUUCUUGGCGCUUGGCGGGUUUGGGUAUGGAUUCGGGUACGGGUUGGGACUCGGGCAAGGGUUAGACGAAGUUGGUACUUUUGGCUACGGCGGCGGCAGAGGCGUGCUCGCUUUUCCCGAGGAAGGUGACUUUGCAAAUAUUAACCACAACAACAAUGGAGCCGUUUCUGGGGGUUCUGUCGGGUGCAACACGUGGCAGAUUAUGACUGGUGGUGAUGGAAGGAUUGCUGAGGACAACGGGGAUUGCUUUACCUGGCCGGAGCUUGAGAUUUCCAAGUAACAAAAUUACUAUUUUAACCCACAUCCCGGAAGAAAAAGAAAAAGGAUUAAAUUUCCUUUACUUUUUUAUCUUUUCUGGGUUUUUGGUUAGACUUUCUGAUCAUCUCGAUUUGUUUUCCGGGUCGGAUUCUAUGGUGGGUUUGUAGUACAGAUAUAUCGCUAUAGGUUACAAAAGUUUGUUGCUUUCGGUGGCUCUAUGUUUUCUGGUUUAGGGUUUAGUUUUUCUUGGGUCUGUAAAUGUUCCGUCUUUGGACAGAAACACUGCAAAAAAAAGGACAAAGACGACUGCUUUUUCGGUAAAACUGCAUUUACUUUCCAUGCAAUUUCAUCUUCUUGGUUAAUUUGAGA